CUGAAACUUUGCUGCACCUACCAAGUGGGUCCUAUUUGGGGUCUGAUGGGUGGUGAUAGUGAGGAAUAAUUAUAACCUUUUCACCCUUUCCCCAUCCUUUGUGAAAUUCCAGCUAAAACUGCCCUGUCAUCAUGUUUAUCUACAAAGUGGAUACAUGUGGAGUCCAUCUGCUGCCCCUUCCCCACACAGCCUGGUAGGAAGCUGGCUUCAAUCCUUCCUGUUGACCAUAUUCCUGCUAAGGUUAACAGUGGGGAUGGUGCAAUGAGGUUAAGAGCUGCUUUCACUGUCACAUCCUUCUCCAGGCCUACUCUUUUCCCUCCUGGGUCCUUCCUGAGCAAUGUUGAAAGCACUGUCCGUAAGAGGGUUCUGGAGCAAUGACUAAGGACCCCAUCCCUACCACAUCACCUGGGAGCCACCUGCCAUAUCCUCCCAUGGAGCUUUGAGCAUGGGGGUAGGGGACAGAUGAUUUAGAACAGAAGGGGACCUUAAAGAUCAUUUAGACCAAGCCCCUCAUAUGGACCAGCUGGGAAUGAGUGGAAAUGAGUUUUCUCAUCCUGCCCAGGGGGUGUCCUGGCAGCUGGAUGGGCCCUGCUUUGAAUGCCAAGUCCUCUCUGUACACCCUUGGCCCUGUCCCUUUAGGUUGGAAUUUCUAUUCAGAGGAUGCCAUUUCUCCCUGUGCCAGUAGUCUGGAGGCUUUUGAAAAUAGAGCAGGAGACCUGUCCUUUUCUCUUCAAAAAACAUUCAGUGUGAUCCUAUCUAUGGGGCCUGGGGAGCAAAAUACAGGACAUUCCAUGCUAGGGACACCACAUUCUUGACAUGCAGGAGGCUUUGAGGGAAAGAAGGUGGUUCCCUUACCCUGCCAGACGGUGUACUGCUGGACACCUACACUCUUCCCUUUGGCUAUUGAGAAGAGCCCAUCCCACUUUGAGCAGAGACGGGUUCGCCUCAGCUCCUCAGCCGGCACCUGAUAAUGGAUGGAUCCUGCCCAACAACUUAAGUAGAAGGGAACCACCUGGGCUCUCCCCUGAAGAGGACAACACUAGAACAGAGGUCCAGCCCCCAACGCCUCCUCAGGAUCUCUCCAUUGAUCCAGCCAACCAAAAGAGAGAUGGCUUUAAGUCCAAUGUGGACAGGGAUGCUCCUGCUUGGGACCAUGAGGGAUCAUCUUCAAGAUUCUGAACCAGUCCUGUCAAAAAUUCCUCUGCAGCUUGAUUUCCAAGCAAAGAAGUUCCAAGGGAAAUGGUACGUCAUCGGCCUGGCAGGGAGAAACAUCACGACUGAAGGCCCGAGUCACUAUAAGAUGUAUGCCACUGUAUACCAGCUACAAGCAGACCACAGCUACAGAGUCAUCUCCAAUCUGAUCAAGGGUGAGUCCUGUGAUAUUGGGCUCAGGACUUUUGUCCCACAGGGUAAACCAGGUCAGUUUGCCUUGGACAACUUCAAAGCCUAUGGAGUUACGAAGUAUGUGUUCAGAGUGGUGAAGACCAACUAUGACGAGUUUGCCAUCCUAUACUUUCACAGUGCCCAAAACAACAAGGUGAACUUCAUGAGAAGUGUAUCAAUGAUGAGACCUGAGUAUGAUACAUCCCAAGUUCUACAGACUGCAUCCCAUCUUGGCUCCCUCUACCAGACCCACCUCCAUCUUUACCCAUCUGCUGCUAAAGAAUUGGAGACAACUGGUCCCUGCUUUUAUCUGUUUCUCAGUAUGGCCAUUCUGGUCUCAUCCAGUCUCCUACCACAGCUGCUGGUUAACCUCAGGAUCCCCCAUCAGGGGACAAUAAAUGCAGAAUAUCAAGAACUCAAGAGUCUGAAUUUCUUGAGAGUUGGGGAAGAAAAAAAUGGCACCCUGUUUUAACUAAAAGGACAGCUGAUUGCUCAUCUUGUGCCAAGGGCAUCUCUGUGCAGUGGGUUUUCCUGGAGUUUGGGCUCUCAUACUCAAAUUUUGCAGGUUCAAAAAACCAAUUUCUUCAGUUCCUUCAGAGAGGAUCACGCUCCAAGGAAAUGAGUGCACCCAGUAAAACUCACAAGAGACCAAUUUGUAAACAAGAUAACCAUUUAUUAAUUUACAAUGAGAAAUACACCUGAAAGGGGGAAGCAGGGCUAGGUCUGUGGCUGUACCAGGGGCCCUUUCUCUUGGUGAGUAAAUUUGCUCAUGAGAAAAGAUUACAGAUCAUUAGAUCUAGGUCUGGAACACAACUCUGAGAGUUCUAAGAGAACAGAUCAUUAAAAAGAUAAUGGUUGAACAUCUUGAUAGAAAAGUGGUGAUUAUAAAGAGUCAGGAAGGCUUCAUCAAGAACAGGUCGUGCCAGAUUCACCUUUUUUCCUCCCUUUUUUGGAAAAGGAUUACUGAACUAGUCAAGGAAUGGAAUGCUGUGGAUAUAGUUUACCUAGAUUUUAGCAAAGCUUUUAAUAAUAGUAUCUUAUAUUAUUCUUGUGGAAAAAAUAGAGAGAUAUCGAUAGAAAAUUGUACAAUCGAAUGGAUUCAGAACUGGCAGGCUAAACAGAUUCAAAGAGUCAUUGUUUAUAGUUUAAUGUUAAUGUUGUGGGGGCAGCUAGGUGGCACAGUAGAUAAA